AGUGGACCUUUUGCCCUCCAUGGGAGAGGACGCGCAGGCCAGCGUUCACGCCAAUCACAGGACUCCCCUCCGUCUGCCAUGCCUUACUAGCAAGAUCCUUGGACCAAAGGCCCGGAGCGCAGCCGUGGUUUCCUCGACGUCGAACUGAGGCAGACGAGGAGACCAACAAGCCAGACAAGAUGUUGUACAACUGAUGACAUAUCUGCAUUCUCAGAAAAAGAGGAACUUCCACUCGGUCAGCAUAUGUUCGCGCAGUUCUUACACGCAGCAAAAGCAGCUGCGAUCUAUUCUGUGAUCAAAACCCUGCUGGACGUGAGCGCGUGACGGAUCGAGACAGCUGUCGUGUGCGCCUGUGUGUGUGGCAGAACCCGACGCCAGCCUUGCAGCGACAGGUGACUUUCGUGAGGAGCCGUGAAGUGACUCUGGAACUAGGCCGCGGCUGCGUCGGAGAACCACGAUUGUGAUGAUAUAUGUGAUGUGACUUCAAAAGAUUUGUAAACAAAUGAGCUCCCGAGAUUACAGAUGUGAGUUACGCCAUCAGAUAAAGCUCCUGACGUUAUCUCUUUUGCUUUGAACUCGUCUGGAAAGCAGGACUUGCUUGAAGCUUGCAAGGGCCGAGAAGUGAACUGUGCUUGUCUUAUUUCUAUCCAAAGAAAGAUUACUCGCGUCCGGGAAAAAAUACGACUGUUAUCUUUGCAAUCUGUCUCAUUCUGAUAUCUUUUGAGAUAAUUAUGAAGUUACGAUGACCCUAUCAAAGUCUCGGGAAGAAGUUGUCUAAACCAGAAACGGUAUCAAGAGAGUAAUCUAAGCGGGACAGUGGUCAGUGUUCCAGAGAAGUUAGUGAGAUCAUUAGUAAUUUGCAUGCGUAAUAAAAACUCGCCAGUUAACAAGAUGAGUGAAACUUUCAUCAGCACGCUGUGUGGAACAUUCUUAUCAGAAGGUAAAAUCUGUUCCUGUUUGUAAUUUAUUCUGCGCCUCGGCUGUUUUUUGAAAGUAGUUACUGGUGACUUUGGACUUCUGGGGCGAAAGGAACGGAGGGGAUUUCAACGCGGGCGUAAGUACUGAUCCGCGCCACAUUUCGAACCGUUUCCUCGAAAAUAUGAUUGACAAAGAUAAAGAGAUGGAGGGGCUGGCGGCAAGUGAGGCAACGAAAAUAUCCAUAUGCAACGACAACAACCACAAUAACAACAACAACAACAGCAGCAGUCGCAGUCAGAGGAAAUCCUCCUCCCGGAUCGCGGAGAAGUACGGGCUGCGGCCGCGCACCGUCGUCCGCAGACUGCAGCUGGAGAAGGGCCGCGACGACCUCCCCGGCGCCAGCAGCAAGACGCCCCGGAUCCGGCCGCCGCCGCUGUCCAAGUACCGGCGCAAGACGGCGAACGCCCGCGAGCGCCACCGCAUGAAGGAGAUCAACGACGCCUUCGAGACGCUCCGGCGCGUGCUGCCCGACAUCUGCAGCCGCCGCGCCGCCGCCGCCAUGACCAAGAUCACCACGCUCAAGCUCGCCGUCAACUACAUCCGCGCCCUGUCGCACAUCCUGCAGGACGGACACCCGGGCGACAUCUCCUUCUUCGACGGCCUCGGGAUCGACGACCUCAGCAUCGAGGCCUCCGCGCUCUCGCCGCUGACCUCGCGCGGCCCCGUCCUGCAGUGCCCGGGCCGCGGCGCCUUCCAGCAGAGCUUCCCGACGCCUUCCGCGGCCCUCCCCGCCUGCUCCGCCUCCGCCGCGGGUCGAGGCUCGUCGGGAAGCAGCAGCGACCUGAGCGACCUCCUCUCCGACGACUCCUGCGUCUUCGAAGACAAUCUCGACGCCUUCGAUGACAUCCCCGCCCUCCCGGAGGCCGACCCCUUCGCCCUGCUCCUGAACCCCGAGGAGGAGGCCCUCGCGCUCACGAGCUAGGGAAGCGAUCGAGCAGGACAGCUCACCCUUUCCAGGAAGUAGAGUGUGGCGUUCGACAGGCGUAGAGUUUAUCCUCCUAUUGGAUGUUGAGAGCAAGUAUCGUGUAGAGAACAUGUUUUCUCCCCGCCCCUCCUCCUUCCCCAUGACGUCUGAAUCGCUAGGAUCACCACAGCGAUCUGUCUCUACUCUAUAUGAGUCGCUUCGUCUUCCUGUACACUUUGCUCAUGCCCACUUUAUCAGCUGUGAUUCAACAGCCCAUUCUUGUCCACAAGUGUGAAUGUUAACAAGAUUGAUUGAUAUCAUCAUCCAGCUGUCCACAUAAACUUUAUUUUAGAUGAAGCGCCUUCGAUUUCUCACAAGCCUUAUCCCGGUGGUUAAUACUGUGAUACUGUUAUGUGAAGGUGUGUUCUGUUCUGACGUCAACUUUAACUAAAAGUUUUGCUGGUUUGAACACUUCUUGAAAACAUUUUUCCUGUUGUUUCUCUCAACAUUUUUAUAGGAGAAAUAUUUUGAAAAUUUUCUUCGUAUAUACGUAUAUAAUUCUAAAUUCUUUCUUUUCUUCUACAGAAUUAUGUCACUAUGUAGACAUGAUUAGGGUGAACCAAGCGUUGUAAUUAGAGGGAAAUGCAGUAGGGAAACAGUGAACAAAUAUUUUUAGUUGUAUAUUUCUAUCUUAGGUUCGUUAUCACUUUUGUUUCCGUAAAGCUGGGUGAUUUAACAGACAGAUGUACAGUAUUUAUAUAGUUGAAUUUCAAUUACAUGUAUAUAACUUCCCUUUUUCCUUUACGUUUUAAGCAAGUGCCCUAAAGUUAGAAUAAAGUUAAAAAUCUACUUUACAUGUUAUUUAAGUAUCUUUAUCUUUUCCACAGUGUUAGAAAAAGUACUUCCCUGUCCCGAUAGAGUUUUGUGUCGUCUACUGUCAGCGAUUCUAGUCUAAGUUAGCAAUUUUAGCGUGGGAAGUACAGACACAGGUGAAGUGGCAAAGGGAAAAGUCCGGAAGCUAGGGACAGGUGUGUGAAAAGGAAUUUUGAAAGACGAUGUGAAAGAGAUGAAGCAUGAAAAAAAUAAAUGUGUGUGUAAUAGAGAUAGGAAGAACAAAGAAAAAAAAUUGAGAAGAUAAGGUAGUGCGUUAGUAGCAGAUCGAAGAUUUUGUUCUUCCUAAGAUUAAGGAGGCUAUUUCUUGCAUUUAAUAAUGUUGACCUAUUUUGUGAUUUUGAGAAAGCAAAUUUCGACAAUGAAGGAAGAAAAUACUGUAGAUAUACCAAGAACAGUUCAAAGAAGCAUGAUGAUGGAUUGCAGUACUGUAUUCUAAAACACUGUCUCCUAGACAUACUGUAUGCCUGAAAUACUGUAUUAUCGGGAUAAUGUAUCCGAAAAUACUGUUUACCUGAUAAGAUUUAUCCUUCGCAAUACUGUACCCUAAAAUAUUGUAUCCUGCAUGUACUGUAUUCCAAAAACACUGUAUCCUCGGAAUAUUGUAAUCAAAACACAAUUUCCUGGAAAUGCUAUAUGUCAGAGGUACUGUAUCCUGAAAUACAAUAUCCCAGAAAUACUGUAUGCCUGAAUUAAUUUAUCCUCAGAAUACUGUACGCUUAAGAUGCUGUAUCCUAGAACACCGAAGGCCUACCGUAGAGUCCUGCUGCCACCAGGGACGUUCCAUGUCAUGUACAAAGGUGUCAAGUGCAGAGGUUUUAGUCAGACACACGAGAUGUAUAAUUAUGAAUGUAUAUACAGGUAGAAGUCCUUCACAGUUUUGUAUCUGAUAUCCUUAGAGUUUUUUUUUUCCAAUAAAUGCGGGUGAUAUGU